UGCUCAUAUAAUAAUAUACUAUUAUUUCUUUAGAUUCCAAUUGUUGUUGUUUCCCAAGAAUACAAAGGCCAAUCAUUUUUAUCAUUACACUACGAUUCUCACCCGCAAUUACAAAUAAAAAAUCGAAGCGGUGUUAAAUUAUAUUGUGCUCAAUACGCCGAUAAUGACGGAAGAUUAAUCGUUGAAGACUGUGAAGAUAUGAAGUGGUUAUGUAGCGUCGAUGAUGAAAGUAGUUGUUAUUACACAAUGCCCGAUUUAUCCGUUUUAUUUCCCGACGUAGCCUUAAACGCAAAUCGUUUAGUGUUAGCUGCAGAUCCAGAAGGUGAUCCUAAAGGUUUUCAAUGGUCGCAACCGAUCUUAGUGACAAAUUUCAACGAUCAAUUCGUUAGAAUACCGUAUUAUGGUGAUGUAAAAGUGUCUGUUAAGUCGACCGCUUAUACAACGGUACUCUUCGUCGAAUCGGUUACUAAAGUUGAAAUACAUGCGAGAGAUAUUAGAGUACGAUUAUCAAGGCACGAAAUCGAAACAACGGCACCUAUAAGUUCACGGGCAAAUGACGAUCCCGCUGAAAGUACAUCGCUUCAAAGUACCUAUUUUAGUGCCGAAGAAAUAUUAUCGGAUAGUAGCGGGAAUAAAAAUAUGGUGCUGUACUCGAAAGUUUUACCAACGUUGGCGGAACAAUCAAAUCCGCAACAAGGGACUAGUACUACACCUUCAUCCUCUGAAUUUGAUUUGCAAAAAGAAUCAACGGCUACGGUAAAAAGAAAAGACACUUGGAAUAAUUUUAAGGUUCAAGUUUUUAUUAAGGCCAUUAUUUUUACAUUGACUUCGGAUUUAGAAAGUUGUGGAGCAGAAAAAACUGAAGUUUGUGCUUUAACCUGUGAUAAUAUUGCUUUGGUUUUAAAUAGAACAGAUAAUUUGGAAGUUCAUUUCAGCCUGAGUAAUAUGCAAAUCGACAAUCAACUUUAUUUUAGAGAAACAUACGAUUUUCCCGUUAUUUUAAUAAGUAAGAAUGCCCCUCCUAAUCAACCUUUAAAUUCGUUAAACGUACAAGUUAAUCAAUUGAUAUCUAACGCAAAAAAGAAUGCUUUAAUAAAUGUUUACAUUAAUUUUGAAAUAUGGACCGAUCCCGUUCGAUUAACUACGAUAACCAGUAUGACUGAGGUUCAUAUAAAAAUGAAACCUUUUGCUGUUUACGUAGAAGAUACUUAUAUGAUGAAAUUAAUCGAACAAUUUUCGAUUUUAAAUCCAACUAAUUUGGUAAUGUGGCGAAAAGAAACGAAUAAUACAAAUAAAUUCGAUACAAGUGCAAUGUUGGUAUACGUUCCGUUACAUCUUAUUUGGACAUCAAACAUUUUAUCUUCCGCAAUUUCAAUUCGAUCGUUUGUAAUUGAACCGAUAUCAGUUUUAUUAUCUGCGCAUUGCUCAAUGAAAAUUUAUGUAGCUUUGGAUGAGUCGCCUUUAGAAUUUGGUAAAUUUGAUAAAACCAAAAUUGUGACGACUUCGUACAAAUUAGGAAAUGCGAUUACAAUGCAUUAUUUAUCGGGGGCUAUUUUUGGAGCUGGAUGGGUUGUGGGUUCGUUAGAGCUUCUUGGUAGUCCUGGAGGCUUAGCACGGGCUAUGGGAGCGGGAUUAAAAGAUUUUAUAAACUUACCAUAUCAAGGAUUAAUGCAAGGACCUUGGGGGUUCAUUGUUGGGAUAACGCACGGAUUUGCAUCCUUAAUGAUGCAUGUUACCGCCGGUACUUUACAAUCGGUGACCAAAUUAGCUUCUAGCGUUGCUAGAAAUUUGGAUCGGAUGACGAUGGAUGAAGAACAUUUGAGGAGAACUGAAGAACAGAGAAGGCAGCGCCCUCAAAGUGUUGGACAAGGAUUAUUUCAA